CCAUUGAUUGUUCAUAUCGGAAUGGCCAUUCCAAACUUCUCAUCAGAAUACUCGAUAGAUACUUACUACUCCCUUUACUUUGUCCUCAGUUACAUCAAACACCAAAAGACAUUUUCUUCUUGCUUGGCUUCUUCCCCUGCAUUGGUAACUUGACAUGAUCAGCCACCCAACAGCCACAGAACGGUACGAGCAGACACAGAACACAGACUACCCGCACCCUAAACUUGUCUCACUGCAUUACACCACUGCACUGCACUGCACUCCACUCCACUCUUCAAUCAUCAAUCAUCGAUCCAUUCUUUCAUUCAUUCACUAUCCACCACUUACUUCCUUCACUUCCACCCUCACCUCAAUCUUUUCCUGGGCAAAGAGAUCUUCAAACGCUCAAACGCUCAAACGCUCAUACUACGCUCGUACGAACAUCUCUCUCGACUUUUGUUCAUCACUUCUUUCGCAACUCCUACCUCUCUUCAUCCCAUCAAACCCUCCGUUUCUACUUACAAAACAGACAUCCGAGCUCAGAAUCCUCCAGAAUAAGAUCAUUGGAAUCGAAGCUGGACUUUGCCACAAUUCAAUAUCUUACACGUUGGAUAAUUCGAGAGAGGGAGAAAGGAACAAGAGUUGUACACACACACACUCACUCAACAUUCGUUCUUGAUUGCAAUUUUGUCAUUCGUUUUUAAAAUCACGAUUUUAUCUCUACAAUCACAUUUGUACCGCAAUUUUUCCUUGACUGAAGAAAGGAAAGAAACUCAAUUCCGACCGCCAACUUCCGACCAAUUCCUAACGACCCAUACCAAUUUCGAGGUACCUGUCGAAGGACGAUCAAACCCGCGCGCUUCAGAAUAACACAAUCAGGAAGACAUCUCACCAAAAGGAAACAACAAUUUCUCUUUCAAUUGUAUCAAUCAAGUCAAGCAAUGUCAAUUUGAUCUUCAAUUAAGAAGAUUUUGAUACCGUCAAUUGGCCUGGUUCAAUUUAAAUCGCAUGAAUAGUGAAUAUUCUUGUCGCAUUCGCAUUCAUUUCCACUUUCUCGUGAAUUUGUCACAGAUCAACAAAAUUAUGAUUCAACAAUAGAAACGGCCACUCUUUACCUUUUUAUUGUGCUUCCUUGCUCAGCUUUAAGCCACGGUCGACCCGAAAACGUAUAUCCACAAUCCUACUGUCGUUGACGUUUGUACCCGUUACCCGUUUAUUCGACCAUUACCAUCCAAGACUAAUCGUUGUCUUACCUUUUUCAUAUCCGUCCUCGAUUGAUAUCAUUCAUACGACCAAGUACAUGAAUACUUACUCGACAUAUCAAUUGUACAUCACCCUCACUUAACCUGCACAAGUCGAUACUUCGCAGGCGGAGAACGACAAGUGCAUCAAAUACAACUCUACGUUCAUUAUAUCGAAGGGACUCGCUCAUUGCGAAAUAUCCAACAAAACCUUCAAGGUUACAAUUCCUUCUUUUCUAGCCAGGUGCUUCGACAUUAUAUCCAUUGUCAUCGUGGCAGAGCCAAACGAAUUUAAUUAAAAGAUAUACCCUUUACUAUUUCAAAUAUGGGGAUUUUUUCAAGACGUGUGAACAAAGACGACCUACGUCCUGAGCAGAAAUGGGACUUUAUUAGUCUUAACGAUUUUAAAUCCACAUCCUGUCUCACUCCUUUCGCAUAUGCAUAUCUUUGGAUUUCUUUGGUCAUCUCUACCGCCGUUUAUGGUGUAGAUACUUUUACCGCCGUUAACCUUUUAGCUUUCAAUCGAUGGUCUGGGGAAAUUCAACCAAUCAUUCCUCUCAAUGUUUCGAAAUGGAUCUUUUCUGGAUGUAUCAUUGCUUCUUGGAUCAAUAUUGGAUUCGAACAUUUACGAGCGUGGAGAGUCAUGCGACGAGGAGCUGUUGCCGAAAGUUAUUUGGACAAUCUUGCUGUUCGACUUGAAAGUAUCAAAAUGGGACAGACUGGUCGAGGUUGGAGAAGAUUCUUGGUCUUUGCCGAAUUGACAAAAUCUAAAAAGGGGACCGAAUAUGUUGCGCUAUUUACAUAUUUCGCUUUUCAAUCUUGGAUUCGUGUUGUAUUCUGUCAGGGACCUCGUCAAGUCAUCAACGCAUUAACUCUAUACUCAGUGUUUCAUGCAAAACUCGAUCCUACUGAAUCCAAUGAUGUUGGAGACGCCUUCUUAACCUUUUUCAAGAAGGUUGGAAUCCUUGCAGAACAAGAACAUCAACAAGCAGUUAUCUUGUCCGGUAUGAUCUUCACACUUGUCAUUUGGAUCUUUUCCGCAUUAAGUCUUAUUCUCGCAAUCUUGUUCUAUUUACUGUUCUUAUGGCAUUAUAUUCCAAAUCACGAUGGUGGACUUACAGGCUAUUGCGAGCGAAAGAUUAAUGAACGUUUGACAAAGAUUGUCAGUGCCAAGGUCAACAAGGCUAUCGAGGAGGAGGAAAGAAAACGAACCAAAGCAGAACAAAAGGCAGUAAAGAAAGGAGAGAAAGUUUCUGGACGUCAAGCUACUAUUCCAGCACUUUUCGAUUCGAAAGAAGACGACAAACUUCCGGAUAUGCCUGUGCUCAAUAGAGCAGAUACAAUGACAACCUUACCACAGUAUACAUCACGACCAGGUACACCAAGUAGUAAUCUUCCACAAACAGCCAGUUUCGAACUUGAGAAAUUGGAUCAAAAACGACCAUUACCUGGAAGAUCUGUUACAGGGUCAAGUUAUGCUUCGAAUGCUCCUCUUAUGGGUAAUGCAGGUGAUAUGGGAAGAGUGCCGGACUUACCACCACUUGAUACGGAUAUGCCAUUCCCUGCUCCACAAAGAACUAAUACUGGAGGAUCUCAAGGUAGUCAAUGGCAACGUGGUCCACCACAAGGUCCUCCUCAAGGUCCACCAAGAAUGCCAUCUGCAAUGGGUGAUCGUGGAUUUACAGCAAGUCCAUUUUCUUAUGCUGAUGGACGAAAUACACCUGGAUUUCCAGGACCACAAAGACAAAAUACAAUGGAUUCUUAUGGAAGACCAAUUCCUCGAUCGCAUACACCUAUGGGUCCUGGCCCAGCUCCAUCAAUUGGAAGACGUACACCAUUCGAUCCUGCUAUGCAAAAUCCUCAAAAUCGUAUGAUGUCUCCAGCAUCAGAAUAUGGAUCAGAAUAUGGAAGACAAACACCAUUCAAUCCAGCACUUCAAAAUCAAGGUCGACCUUCACCAGCUCCAGGGUCAGAAUUUGGAGGGCCAAGACCACCAUUCAACUAUAAUCAACAAGGACGUUCAUCACCAGCACCUGGACCUGAUUUCAGUCGUAGAACACCAUUCGACCCAGCUCUCCAAAACAAUGGACGUGCUUCUCCAGCUCCAUCAAAUAUGGGUCAAGGGUAUGGGCAGAAUACACGAAGUCCGCCAUCAACAAAUCCAGCUGGGUAUAAACCAUUCAAUCCCAAUUCCAUCAACCCAACAUUAGCAUCACCAGUCGAACAAGAAGAACAACACCAACAUGGUUUUGAUUUCGGUACGGGCACAUCGAGUCCACCUCGAGUUAGGAAUUUAACGGAACCUAUUCCAAGGGCUGCGACUACGGGACCAGAACAAAUGAGAUCUCAUGGAAAUCGAAAUGAAGAUUAUGGAGAUGAGGAAAUGGGAUCUAUUUCUCCUCCUAGAAGAGCUGCUACGGAAGUUGGUGAAUUUAAUCCAGAUCAAAGAACGAAUCAAAAUCAAGCUGAUCAAAGACAUGGCUCGGAAUCUGGAUCGGGAUCGGGAUCUGCACCAUGGGGAGGUUAUAGAUGAGAGGUGUUUUUGAAUUUAAGGGUUUUGAAGAAUUGACAAAGGGCGUUCAAUCUGGAUUGGAUUGUAUAUUUAAAGCGAAAUGCUAAUAGGGGGUGUUUAACUUUUAACAGCGAUGAAUUACAUACUUGGUGGUGUUUUGAGGUGGUUCUUUGGUGUUUAUAGGAAAGAGGUUUAUAUUUAUUCACUUACGUUCUUUAUGAAGAUAUUUGAAAGGAGAAGAUGAGGAAGGGAAUAUGAGGAAAAAUAGAUUUAUAUACCACUUGUGUGUAUGGUAGGAAAUCUAUCGCUCGUGGGGUGGUAUCAUCUGUGAGAGAUGAAUUGGGGAUGUUUAUACGAAUUGGUGGAUUGAUGAUAGUAAUAAAGAAUUAUUGAAUUGGAAGCGGCGGAACGAAUUGAUGGUUUCGAAAUGAGGUGAGGUGGAUACUAGGUAGAUAGAUAGAUAUCUAUGAGAUACCUAAUUUGAAAGAUGAAAUGACCUC